CUUCCCACAACUGCGAGGAAACAUCAGAAAGUCGCUUGCGCUGCUCCAGAAUGAACUUUUGGAACUUACGUCGCUACCAGUAUAUAAAGGAAUACGGUUUCCAGCUGAGUAACAUCUCCUGACAACAUUUAGCGCUUGAUGUUUUUUUUCAUUACGACGAACAACGGAUUUGUUUAGUAGACAGUUGCCUUUCUUCAUAGUUUUAACGGACAACAGUGGUGGCUUUGCUGGGGAAGGACCACUUCAAGUGUGAACGCCUUUACAGAUGUCUUUAUAAUGGAGUAAAAUGCUUGUUUUGUUUAAGCCUUUUCCUUUUAGUGUUUGUUUUAACCGGUGAAUAAUCACAGCAGAUGUUUACCGGCGCCCGCGGAGUCUGUUCCAUGUAGAUUUUGUGUAAAACAUAACGUAAAGUUCUUUGGCACUUUAAUGAAUACAUCAGGUGGUAACUAACCGCGUUCAAGUUGGAAAGGAUGGCUGGCGUGGUGCGCACCCUGAGCCGGUGUCUGCUGCCCGCUGAGGCCGCUCACGAUGACAGGAGUAAUGGGAAAGGACGAGACCGCGAGCGCGAUGUGAACCAGAAGCGCGAGGCGAAGCGGCGCAGUCGCGAGAUUGAUGCCAUGAUCGAGCGCGAGAAGCGCUCGGUCCGGCGUCUCGUGAAGAUCCUGCUGCUGGGCGCCGGAGAGAGCGGCAAAUCCACAUUCCUCAAACAAAUGAGGAUCAUCCACGGCAAAGAGUUUGACCAGAAAGCGCUGCUCGACUUCAGGGAUACAAUCUUUGAGAAUGUCAUCAAGGGGAUGCGGGUACUGGUAGAUGCCCGAGACAAACUUGGCGUUCCCUGGCAGAACUCUGAGAAUGAGAAGCAUGGCAUGUUCGUUAUGUCCUUCGAAAAUAAAGCAGGCAUGCCCGUCGAACCCUGCACCUUUCAGCUAUACGUCCCAGCACUGCAGGCACUCUGGAAUGAUAGUGGCAUCCAGGAAGCCUAUGGCCGACGGAGUGAGUUUCAGCUGAGUGAAUCAGUGAAAUAUUUCCUGGACAACUUGGAUCGGAUUGGACAACUGAAUUAUGUACCAAGCCGACAGGACAUCCUAUUGGCCAGGAAGGCCACCAAGGGAAUUGUGGAGCAUGAUUUUAUCAUUAAGAAGAUCCCUUUUAAAAUGGUAGACGUGGGUGGUCAGCGCUCUCAGAGACAGAAAUGGUUUCAGUGCUUUGACGGCAUCACCUCCAUCCUCUUCAUGGUGUCCUCCAGCGAGUAUGACCAGGUGCUGAUGGAAGACCGUCGCACCAACCGCCUGGUGGAGUCCAUGAACAUCUUUGAGACCAUAGUCAACAACAAGCUCUUUUCCAAUGUGUCCAUAAUCCUCUUCCUCAACAAGAUGGACCUUCUGGUGGAGAAGGUACGCAAAGUCAGCAUUCACAAACACUUUUCAGAUUUCCGGGGAGACCCUCACCGACUAGAGGACGUGCAGGCCUAUCUCGUGCAAUGCUUCAACCGCAAACGGCGCAACCGCAGCAAGCCACUUUUCCACCACUUCACCACUGCUAUUGACACUGAGAACAUUCGUUUCGUCUUCCAUGCCGUCAAAGACACAAUUCUUCAGGAGAACCUUAAAGACAUAAUGUUGCAGUGACUUGUGAUCUGUUUUGCCAUUGUUUUGAGUCCGUUUUUUUCAAUCCUAUUGCAAGAGGAUGCUUUCUGAAGUUCUUUUGAUUCGUUUUACCUUAACAACUGUGCAAGAGCAACAUCAUGGUGUAAAAUUUGCAUCAUGUGUUAGCUAAUCAUGUACUCCAUCAUCAUCCACUCCUUCGUCGUCACUAAUUUUGAUGUCUUCCUGUGAAACAGGAAGUCUAAAGACUCCUUGGAUGGCGGAAAAGCCAAGAACAAAAAAAUGAAGCAGACUGAUAAUCGUUAUUAGAGUAUUUUCACCUCUUUCCUCAAGGAUAAUCUCAAUGCACAAUAACUUUACACUGGCUCAUCUCCCAAACAACAUCCUGAAAAUAAACAGCAAACCUGCACUGAAUAGUUAAUUUCAUGUCACCUUGACAGGUUUAUUUUUUAUUUAAUCUAACAUCUAAAUCACAUUUUGCUUUAUCUAUACUUGUGAGUUUAUAGAUGACUGCAAAAUUCUCAUUAACAACUAAGCAGGGUUUUUGUACAUAGAGUGAAUAGCAGCUUUUGUACAUGUUACCUGUCUCCUCUGCUUUUAUGUGUCUCUUCACGUUAAGCUACAAGCUUUUGAAAUAUAGAGUAGGGUCAAAUCACUGGUUAUGCCUAACACCACUAACUUAAGACAAAUAAUGCAUUAAUGGUAUUCCUUAAAUGUCAUUAUUGCACAGCGUAUGUACUUUAUGAGUAUUCAUAUGAUGUUAAUCCUCUUGAAAUGUAUGUAACCUGUGUAGUUUAUGAAUUUACAAGGAGGGAGUCAACCCGAGUUUUGUUUUCUGGAUCUUGAUGAAUGUCAGCUGCGAACAGCUGUGUGCUUUGGGUUGUAGCUGGAGUUGGGAUCCCGGACGAGCCCCCGAUUUUGUUGCGCCAAUGUUGUGAUUUAUUCUUUUGAACUACUCCAUGAACGGGGUGUGAAGUGACUUCCUGGUGAUGUCUGCCAAUGCUGAGAAGUAUUUGUUGUGGGUGAUGGCACAGUUUGAUUUAUUUUCCAGAGAUCUGGUUUUGUCAUCAGAGGCAGUCGCUGACUCACAGUCUUUUCGGAGGAUGAGCAGUUUCAGUUGCAGUGCAGGUGUCCACUUGUCAAAGUUUUGUUUUUACCAUUGUUUUGCAUUUACGAAAAGCUUGAGAUAUGCUAUCAAAUCAUUUUCAAGUUUUAACAAGAGCAUCAAGCCCUUUUCUUGCAUACUUUCUUUCUUUGUGGACUGCAAUGGAAACUGUGGCUCAUUUCUUGCAAAACAACAUUGACAAUGUUACUCCGUGCCCUAAAGGUAUUUAAAUUCUGGCCUUCCUCGUAAUCACCGCAGUGCCAUGUUGCCUUACUGAAAGUUGGCAGGAAGGGAUUUGAUUUGAGAUAUUGGACACACCCUAAACCUUUGUCCCUGACAGAUCUUCCCAGUGGGACGAAACACAUGCAUUUACUGGAAGAUCUCUGGCUCCUCUUGUGCGCAUAAAGAAGCAGAUUGGAUUCUUUAAUUCAGGGCUGUGUUUGUCCUUGUUUCCUCUUUCAAGACCGUAAAUCCAUUGGGAGAGUUUGAAAGUUAAAUAGCGGAAAAGAAACACAGGCACAGUAUGGCUAUUAAAACUCGCAAUCAAGAUAAGCAUAUGGCGUGUAAUUAAACUGAUAUAAAUUAGAUUUGGAGAAUAAUCAUCAAAGAAACUAUUUCCAGUUGCAAUUUCAAUCUACUGAAGGUGAUUUAACUACAGUAUUUACGUUACAUUUGCUGCUCUGGUGUUUUGUCCCUCUUUGGAUCUCCUGAGUGUCACUGUUAACAGGAUGUCUACUUCAACACUCUUUCAGUGUUUUACUGUACUUUUUUCAGCUUUCAGAUGUUGCCUUCCUAAUGUUUUAUGUAUCCAGUGAUUGUAAAAAGUGUGAAAUUUCAGAUUUUAACUUCAUUAUGUGUGUUUUGUAUAUAAGAAUUGUAUAAAUACAAUAAAAUGUUGAGCUAUA